AUUCUCCAGUGUCAUAUUUUUGUAGUCAAACUGACCAUACUCUUUCAGAGUUAUUACAACAACAGCGAGUGUAAGGCCCCACCCCCAUUUUCCAAGUGUUGGUGUUAAUACUCGGAGUUAAAAUGCUCAGAGUAAAAAUUACUCUGUGGGGUGAAAAACAUGCAGUGUAAAAUCUUGACAUUUCCCACAGAGCUCAUUCAACACCAGCAUAAAGUUAAAUUCCCGCCAGUGGUUGUGACGUUGACUGGGUAAAGACAGAGAACGGCCAUUGCAGGUGGAACCGUCUUUUCAGCCGACCUCAUACAUAUUAUUGAAUCAUUGAAACACACCGGUAAGCUAGUUGUUCACAACUCUGUUAUUUAGCAUUGAAGUUUAAAAAGUAUUUGGACUUAAAGUAAGAUUGCAUUUUUCUAUAGCUGCUUUGGUUUUUUUGAAGAUUUUGUUUCACUAUGUUAACCUGCAUGCGUUGAAAAAGCAGAUUCUGGCCUAAUGCUUCAAACAUGUUUUUAGUUAAUUUAUUUUAAAUUUAAAUUUAUUUAAAUUAUUUUAUAACAUUUCGUUCUUCCUAAUUAAUUCAAGUAAUUCAAACGUUUAUAGUUUUCUCUUAAAAACAACGUCAUUAAAUUGGUGAAUAUGACAAAAGAAAAAGUUCAUCCAAUAUUCGAUGAUGUCACCUGACUUGCGCAUGUGCAUGCAUCCGCCAUUCUAGGAGCAGCAGCGCGUUCGUCAGUUUCACAGCAGAUGUGGGAGCGGUGGAAAUAACAUUGUCUGACUACGAUUUUGUCAUCCAUUCACAUUGCUUCCUCAAGUCUGGCUAUUAUUUGGUAAGUAUCCUUAACAUUGAAUUGGUUUUACAAAGGUGUUUCUUAGUCAUUUUAAAUUACUCAAUUUUGUUUGUAGUCUUUCCAUUUGUUUGUCCAGUUAUGUAGUACAGAGGUAGUUAGACUGUCAGAAAUUCUUAAACAUUACAGAAAUUCUUAAACAUAAGUUAAAACAGUCAUUUUGGGCGUGGUCACCGUAAAGUGCAUAUAUUGUUAAAUGUGUUCCACUGGCAACCUGGCAUUUAAAUGAUAAUAAUACUACUAAUAGAAAGUUGUAGAACCCAUAGAAUAUAUAUUGGAUGAAAAGGCCAAUGCUGCAUUCACACCGGACACUAGUCUCGAGUCAAAUUUACAUUUGCUGCCUCUAUUUUCGACGGCUGUCCGUGGUCCAGUUGAAACCUUUUUCCAGGGGGUAAAAAACUCGAGGAUUGUUUUAUUGUUGUCUAAAUGAAUAUAAGAAUAACAUCAUAAGCCCAUGGAGCUAUGACGACACCUGCUCUCUGUCUGCUGGCUAGCGUUGCGGGCUCGAUCACUCUAUAUUGGAAUUUUUUUCUUUUUAAUUUUUUCCAACCUGCUGAUCGAGUCACUCAAAACGUCACGUGCCAAAGCGGAUUCCCUGCUGCAAGGACAAGAUCGUGCCUGAACAUUGACUUAACAUUGAAACCUGACGCCCUUGAUGUGCGAAACAAUUUUCAUUGUGCUCUGUGGUCUGGUUUUGAUGUGUAUCAUGUUAUAUGGGUGAUUACUAUAGGCCACAUAUUUUUAAUAUUCUUUGUUGUUCAUUUUGAUUUUUUUUUUCUUCUCUCCAAAGUAUUAUGACAACUGUUGCCACUGUCCCAACAGCUGUGUGUUCUUAAUGCUAAUAAAAUUUUGAUAUGUUUACAGAUGCCAACAUGUUGAUUAAAACAAAAAUAAAUAAUGACCAGAAAUAUGUCAAGAUCAGUGAGCCAAGUUUGGAGGAAUUCUUGAAUUCUGCUUUUUUGAAGUUCUCCAUUCCACCUGUCAGUGAAGGAGUCAGAGUUUAUGAUGAAUCAGGAACUGAGGUGGAUGCAGAGGUCUUUGCAGAAGUUGCACAGCUUCCCAAUGCUGGUGUAUUUACCAUUCAAUUUAACAGUGGUUCUCUGGUUCCCAUUUUGACUGCAUCCACACAAGACUUAACCAGUUCACAACAGAAUGUUUCAUCAUGCAGUUCAAAUAAUACAGUGGUUCUCGAACUUUCUGUGUGCGAUUCUGAUGAUACAAUCAUCUUGGAUGAGGAUUGUUUCCCUUCAAGAAAACGACAGAAGACAAAUGAAGAUGCUAAACAAGUUGUUGAAUUGGCUUUGACCAAGAAACCAGGUGGAGACCAAAUUGUUAGGGAAUACAGCCGUACAAAAAGUCUGACUGAUUCCUCACGCCGACAGAUGAUUAACAUUCUUGCUACAGAUAUGACUGAGAUUCAUGGGAUGGCACCACCACGGCAUGUAAGAGAGAUGUAUGCUCGAGGCAUAGUUCAGAUGUUCCCUUACCUAAUGGAUCCAUUUUCCAAAAAUGGAUAUGAGCAUUUUUACGAUCCUGAAAGUGGCACAGGGUACUUGGCGUGGAGGCUCAAAACCAUACAAAGGAAUAGUUCAUCACAAAGCAGAAGAGCACCACAUCAGCUGGCUGGUGGAGGGCCGUUGGCUAGAAGAAAUGCAUCUUUUCAGUCAGAGAUCACCCUGACUGAAGAGCAAUGCAAGGAGGCCAUAUCGUUUAUGAAGUAUUCAUCUGAUGAAGACAUCAUAAAGCAGAAAAUGAAGAUGACAUUUGAGUAUCGUCACAAUAUGGUUCACAGUAAAGAUAAAUCCUCAGAUGUCUUGACUGAAUUUCCAUGCUUCAAAGACAUCAAAGGGCUGGUAAGUAAAUAUUUAAACAAAUAAAUGAUCUUGAUGUAAAAAUGCACUAGUAACUGUUGGCAUGUCUUAUUAAAGAUUGAGCAAGACUUCAUUUUGCAGUUUAGAGACGAGGUGGCUGCCAAGUUUUUAGAAAGGUCAGUCUUAAACCCUGCAGUCCAUAUGACAAAAAAAAAAAAAACCUCCCGGUUUGAAAAUUAUCACAAGAUGAAAAGAAAAAAAAAAAAAAAUCCCAUCAUCUUAUAAAAACACUCAUCGGCCUAUUCUCUAUUGUGUGAACAACAAGGCAACAAAACCUUGAUUUUUGACCAGGUUUAUAUGCUUGGAUUUCUAAUGUAUAGGGGUCUAUUUUCUUCCUAUAAAGGUGGCCUACUGUUUUCAAACAGAAGGUCAUCCAGCAGAGUAAGGCUCUCCCCUCCUCAAGCAACCUUGAAGAUCUGAUCUACUGUGCAGAAGCUACAUCACUUCAAGAAGAGGAUGACAUUAUUGCUUCCGGAUGGGACAGUGAUUUAUCUUCAGUCAUUCUCCUGCUUCACCUGAUUCCUCCAACAGCCCAGGGGCGCAAAAGGCCAGGCAAGGUUUCUGCAUCUCAAGCUGAGAAACAUCUUGUUGUCUUUAAGAAGAGUGGAACAAGCAUCCAAGAACAUGUUGAUGCCGUUGCCAACACCACUCAACCCUAUCUGCUUGCGAUUGGUACAAAGAAGAGCAGAGUCCAGGAUUUCUUCAUUGUUCUUGACAAGCAGGUCAUUCCGUGCAAGUCAACCAGUUCACUUGGAGCUGUUGAUGAACUCUUUAAAGCACACUUUGUUUUUGGUACGCUGUACAGUCAGAUGCUCCACAACAUGUACACCUUCAUACAGACAACUGUCUACAAUAUUGAUGUUGCCCAAGUUCAAGAGAGCCCACGUGUGGCAGAGAUCAGGGCCAGAAUACUACAGUCUACAGACUAGUUAAGAAAUAGUCACACAAACAGAACAGGCUAAAAAUUUAACUGCAUUGUUUUCAGAUAUCAUUAGCAUUUGACAUUGUUAUUUGACCUCUUUUUUUGUUAUGAGAUUGAUAUGUUUUGUUUGCCGUGUUCAUUUUGUAAAUGUCAACAAUCUGGUUAGGCAUAUGCGUUUAAUUCAUGGUUUUUAUAGUGGCAAAGCACUUCGUUUGAAAUGUGCUCAGCCAGGAUGUUGUCAUGUUUUUGGAACUUUCUCUGGUUUUAGAAAGCAUUUGCUUACUAAACAUUGUGAGCAAACUGAGCCUGAAGAGGAAUCAGUUGACACUGUAGACAGUGAUGUUAGAAAUGACUCUCAGUUAGCAAUAAACGAAAAUACGGCCAGUAUUUCUCAAGUUGUGCCUGUAUCUGACAGAAGUACUCUUGACUUAUGUGCAUCUGCUAUUGCGCAACUUCAGGUUGCUGGUGUAGCCCAGUCGACUUUAAAUGGCUUUGUGUCAUCAAUGGAAGAGGUUGUUAUGGACAUACAGAGUCAAGCAAAAGCCACAGCUUUGAAAUGUUUAGCACCACAAGACAAACGUUUGAAAAUUAAAGUUGAAAAAAGUUUUGAAAAACUUGAAAACCCUUUUACGUCUUUCAAUUCGGAAACAAAACGAAGCAACUAUUUUCAACAGAAAUGGAAAACUGUUGAACCAGUUGAAAAAGUUCUUGGUGUCAGAUUGGAGAACCGAAGAAACAGAUCUAGUGGGACUUACAAACAGGUUAUUGUGACUGAUAAAUUUGCAUAUGUUCCAAUUCUAGAGACACUGCAGUCUAUUAUCAGAAAUCCAAAUUUUGCACAUAUGCUGACAUCUAGCCAUCUUUCCAAGGAUGGGGUAUACUUUGACAUACAGGAUGGGCUCUAUGUGAAGAGCCAUCCGCUUUUUUCAAAAAAAGACUUUGCCUUUCUCAUUCAGUUAUUUUACGAUGAAUUUGAGACUGCUAAUCCACUUGGGUCCAAAAAGGGUAUACAUAAAUUAGGGGGUAUAUAUUUUACAUUGAGAAAUUUUCCACCAAAAUUAAAUUCAUCUUUAGUCAACAUACAUUUGUGUGCACUUUUUCAUGCUCAAGAUAUCAAAACAUAUGGUUUUAACACCAUCCUUGAGCCAAUCAUCAGUGAUCUGAAGGUGCUUGAAACUUGUGGAAUUACAUCUCCCAUGUUUCAAAGUCCUGUUCGUGGUAGCAUUGUCCAAGUCACAGGGGACAAUCUUGGUCUUCAUGGAAUAUUUGGGUUUGUUGAGUCAUUUAGUGCUCAUUACUGCUGUCGUUUUUGUGUCACUGAGAAAAGUGAAUUUCAGUCUGUGUUCUGUGAAAAUGAAAGCAUCAUAGUCCGUACAAAAGACAUGCACGCAGAGCAUUGCUGUACUCUACAGACAAAUCCACAACUACCUCAUUUUUACGGUGUGAAGCGUUCGAGUCUGUUGAAUACUUUGCAGUUUUUUGACACGGCAGAUAAUCUUUCUGUUGAUGUGAUGCAUGACAUUUUGGAGGGAGUUGCACAGUUUGAGGUAAAACUUAUAUUGGAAUAUGUACAGCAAAACUUCCUAACAGCAAAAGAACUGUCUGGUAGAACAGAGUCUUUUAACUAUGGCCACACGGAGCGACGAAAUCGUCCUCCUGCUGUCAAGUUGUUUGAUGGUAGUAAUGACUUGGGCUUGAAUGCAAUACAGUCAUGGUGUUUGCUGCGCAAUAUGCCAUUGAUAUUUGGUGAUUUAGUGCAGAAAGGCAAUGAGUACUGGCAUCUUUUAUUAUUGCUUCUCCAGAUAGUUGGUAUUGUAUUUGCUCCGGUUAUAACAGAUGGUAUGACUAUCUUUUUGAAACACCUAAUCGUGGAGCAUCAUCAGCUUUUUAAACAUCUGUUUCCUUCCAGAAACCUCUUGCCUAAACAUCACUUCAUGAUACACUAUCCACGAUGUAUAAGAAAUAUUGGACCGAUUCUACACAUGUGGUCAAUGCGUUAUGAGGCAAAACACAACUUUUUUAAAACCCAACUGAAAAGUUUCAAAAAUAUCACCAAGACUUUGGCUAAAAGGCACCAAAGAUACAUGGCCUUGCAUUGGGAAGCUUUUAGUCAUUUCAGAUUAAUGGUUGGUCCAGGAAAAAUGUUUUGGCUUCAAGAUUUGAAAGAGGGUCCUGAAAUUGCUGACAAAUUAAACACAGCAAUAUCCACUAAUGUUCUGUCAGUGAAGUGGGUGAAACACAAUGGAACUGAAUAUAAACCUGGCCUAAUAGUUUGUGUUGAGGUAGCUAAUGAGAUGCCAGUAUUUUAUAAAAUCCACACAAUUUUUGUCAAGGAUGAGCAAGUUGUUCUAGCUCUUUCUGGUGUCGAAACUGUUUGUUUUGAUGAACAUUACCAUGCAUUCAAAAUACUGUUAAAGCCUUUCCAGAUUGUGACAGUGUUAAAUAUUCAGGACUUGUUCUACUAUAAACCAAUGGAUGUUCAAAUGACAUAUGGACCCUCAGAUACCUCAAUGUAUGUGGUUCCGUAUUGCCAUCUAAUGCAAGUGUGAGUGGUGUUAAGGCAUUUGGACUUUACCUUGGACGUUUUUCUUUAUUUCCUCCACUAUAUUUGGACUUCAUAGUCAAGGGUCUCUUUCUACUCUUUCAGUGGUAAUUUGUGUCCAACUGGGUGACAUUUAAAGUGAAUUGUUUUAAAUUGAAUGUUUUUAUUCUCAAAUUCUAAUAAAGACCUUUUGUGACUA